CACCAGCAGGCAGCAGCUAAUUGGCUACGGCACGGCAUACCAAACCAAACUAAACCUUUCCACUUCCUUCCAUAUUUCGUGGCUUCUGAUUCACAUUCUUCCUGUCGCCAUUUUUCGGCGUUAUCCGUAGCGUCUUUGGAUAUAAGAAUUCAAGAUGCCAGGUUUCAGCAGCGUUGGAACCUUUAAAAUCUUUGUCGGCAACUUGGCAGAGAAGACAGUCUCUGCCGAUAUCAAGCCCUUGUUCGAGAAGUAUGGAAAGGUGGUAGAAUGCGAUGUGGUGAAGGACUUUGGCUUUGUACACAUGGAAAACGAAGAGUCUGGACGGGAUGCUAUACAGAAUCUGAAUGGCUAUCUUGUUCAUGGGUCGGCCAUGAAAGUAGAGGCAGCCACUAGUCGCAAGGGACCAAACACACCAACCACGAAGAUAUUUGUGGGGAAUCUCUCUGAUAAUACACGAGCACCACAGGUUCGGCUCCUCUUCGCCAAGUAUGGCACUGUUGUCGAAUGUGACAUUGUCCGCAAUUAUGGCUUUGUGCACAUUGAUUGUCCGGACGUGAACAAGAUGGUGGAGGAGCUGAAUGGCUCUAUGGUGGAUGGACAGCCAAUGAAGGUUCAGAUAUCUACCAGCAAGGUGCGCCAGCGGCCAGGAAUGGGCAAUCCUGAACAGUGCUACAGGUGCGGCCGCGGAGGUCAUUGGUCCAAGGAGUGUCCCAAAACCGGAAUGGGCCCAGAUCGUUUCCGCGGGAGGAUGUUUGGACGGGACCCAUACCCUCCACCACCACCCCCACCAUUUCUCAGAGACAGAAUGACUGGUGGAUUUGGAAAGGACAGCUACUAUGACCGUUAUUAUGACCGCCCAGCUGGACGGUUCGAUGACAGAGAUUCAUUUGACAGGAGAUUACCCCCUCUGCCUCCUCGUGAUCUGGGUCCCCGUCGGGACUUUCCUCCUCCUAUUCCUCCGCGAGACCCCUUGCCUCCCCUCAGCAUGAGAGGCCCUCCCGCCCCAAUGCGUGACUCCUUCGAGAGGUCCAUGUUCAGCCGACGCUCACCUCCCCCGCCUUCUGCAAGAUUUAGCCGGAUGUACGAGGACUAUGCUCGGGACUCCUACGAUGACCGCAGAUCUUACUGGAAAACUGGUGAUUUGGGAAAGGUUUAUCAAGAUAGUUCAAGCAGUUUAGUGUUAACAGUGCAAAUACAGAAGCAUACACUUUUCUUUUCAAGAAAAUUCAACAAUUAUGAUUUUAUUACGACUUGGUAGAACUGUUAUCAGUGAAUUCAUAUGGUGUAAAUACGUUUCAUUCAUAGUGUCCUAAAUAUUUAGUGUAAUUAUAAUUUAUUAAUGGUAUUUCUUCAUUCUAUUUACUAGUAAGUUAUAUAACCACGUUUUGUAUUUUCUUUGAACAUAAAUAUAUUGUUUGUUUAUAUCCUUUAACAUCUCAUAUAUGUUGUGCAAAAUUUAUUCCUAUAAUAGAUCAUAGAGUUUAUAUCAAAUGAGUAGAAUAAAUAUUAGUGUAAAUAUUGGGGUUAAACUUCAAGUGAAAAUUUGAAUAAACUCACUGUAAAUUAGUAACAACAAGUAACAUCAAAACGACAUUUUGCUGCUUGCUCUCUACAACCUGCAGGGAUUUCUUCUAGACUUCUUUCUCUAACACAUCACUUUCAACACCACCACACUUUUCUUUCAAUUUUAAAGAAUUUUUGUAGAUUUGUACAAUAAAAACUGUUAAAAAAAUUGCAUUUCUGUGACUA